CCGCCUCACCGAACAACGGUCUGUCUCCGUGCGGAUUGACAUGUAAUGGUUUCCAGCGCGGUGCAUGCCGAUGGCCAACGGACCUCGAAUGCAUCGACGAGAGCAGACAAGAGCAACCCCGGUUUGAGGAGGAUCGCGGAUGCAAUGGAACCAAGAGAAUCGAGUGCGCCACCAUCACUAUUGCUACCGGCAACAUCAUCACCGCUAUUGAGCUCCUACAGCUCUGCUCCGAAAAAACCAUCCCAUACGCCAGCUGUCCCACAAUCACAUGGCUCCCCGGGAUCGUUGGUGUCCCUUCGCCCAAAGGGCCAUUACCGUUCGUCCUCUCUCGAGAACAACCCGUUCCAUCCUCACGGGGGCAAACCAAUGAUUGGCCUCAGUAUCGCUCAGGCCAGCUUCACGGGUACGCUGAAGUCACGGCGGGAGCAAAAGCGGAUCUCCGAUUUUCUCAACAAGCAAUCGGCGGGCUUCGGGACCGGAUCCAGUGGCGCUAGCUCGCUGACGCUGGUUUCCACUUCGAGAGAGCCACAGUCUGAGAGCAGCUUGCGGAAGGCUCACUUUGAAAACAUUCGCGAAAUUUUCGAGAAAAACAACAGCAAAAAUGCUGCAGCCCAACAGCAGCAGCUUGCGAAGGCGACGAAACAUGCAGCAGGACCUCAGGUCGGUAGCUCAUCUGCUGCAAUGGCGGCGAUGAAUGUCGCACAACCCUGCGAGAUAAUCGGUCACGGUGGCAGUUCCUCAACGCUGGGGAUACCGAUCGAUGAUAAACCACCGAAAAUUCAGGCCUGCAGUGGUAUUCUAGGAAAGGGCAAACAAGUGAUUCGUCCGAUUGCCUUCAAACCAGUUCCUUACAAAUGUAAUACACCAAAUUAUGGCGCCCCGAUCGGUGGCCGACUGACGGAGCUGAGCGAUCGGUAUGGUUCGACACCGUCGCUCGGUCCUACGAUGAGCCUGCAGUACAAAUUCGGAAGCACCACCGAUCUGCACCACCUUCAGCAGCAGGGUACCAGCGGCAGCAACGGAGCCACUCCAAUUGCGUCCGUUGGACCAUGCCCAACCGGUGGAUCACUGGCUACAUCGAUCGGGACGGGUGGUGGCAGUGUGAUGAGCAACAGUUACCACCAGCACUAUCACCAGCCUUACGGUACCUUAUCGCGCAAGGGUUCCUCGACGAUUCCCUUCAAGACGUACGACAGUUUAGAGUCGAUCCUGAAGCUCCCUGACAGCAUGGUAUCGUCGUACCCGAAUCCUAGCCAUGGGCUUUACCACCAACAGGAUGUCCUUGAUAUGGCACCGUCGCCUUCGGAUUCGGGCAUUUCCGAGCUGGAAGCGGCCCUACGCGAUCGCGACUCUGAACUAGCUUACCUCCGGCAAACGAUGGAGCACAAUGAACAAGUAAUAUUCAAAGUUCAUCAGGAUAAGGAAAAGCACUGGGAGCAGGAGCUGAACCGCUUGAAGGCGAUCCACGAGAGUCGCCUAAGGGCCGGAGCCCAGAAGGUGCACAAGCUCGAGCAGCUGCUCAUGAUGCAGACGUUUCAGCUACGGCAGGAUAAAAAGCGCCUGCAAGAGGAUAACGCCCGUCUGCACGCGGACGUAGUGCAGGUGCGGGAUCAAACUGAGCAGCAGAAAACCGAACUGAGCCAGCUGAGGCUAAGCGCGAAGGAACUUAAGGAACAGAAUGGAGAUUUGCUGGACGAAAUUCAGAUGCUACGGCGAGUGGUCAGCGAUCUGAAGGAGCGCCUGGAAGAGAGCGAGUGGAACCUGUGCCAGAAAAAUGGAGAAAUAGCACUGAUGAAAACCCAGCUAAAGGAUGCGCAGGCGGAAAUGGCAGUCAAAGAUCAGGAAAUUGUACAGCUCAAAUCAGAGAUGAAGUUGCAAAAUUACGACGACAUUAGCUUGAAAAAAUCCGAGAUCAAAAAGGAACUGGAUUUCGACCUGGAAAUAUCACAGCUCAAUCGCAUUGUCAUCUUCAAGGACCAGAUUAUUGUGCUGAUGAACAACGAAAUACAGAAGUUACGCAAAGAACUGUCUGACAUUUCGAUUUUGCGAGGCUACGAGGGAGCCCCGACGGGCCGUUACGCUCGAUACAAGAAGAAGCUCGAGUUGGUUGCCCAGAAGUUCGAGGAAACGAAUCCGCGAAACGACAGCAACAACAACACCCACAUACAGAAUAGCAAUAACAGCAGCAUCAAGCCAACAGAGUCUUCCUGCGUGCAGCAGGACGACAACAAAUCAGUUUCCCCGACGGCACUGAUUUCCAGCGGUGACUUUAUACGCAAUUACUUCAACAGCAAGCUGGAAAUGAACAAGAAGCUGUUCCUCAGCUCGCAGAUUUGCAACUACUCCGACGAGGACAAAUCGAACAUAAUCGACGCGUAUGGUGGCGGCAAGCAGAGGGACAUGUCGGAUAUUACGCUCGAUCUAAGCAGUCUGCUGCCGUGUUCGCUGACUGCGAUCGUACAGACCGCUGCCGACGAGGCAUCCUCCGUUUCCGACAAUUACCAUCACCAGAGCUCGUCGGAUGACGAUUACAAAUCCAUGACACCCACGCAGGACGAUCAGGACCCCAGCGAGGAAGGUGCAUCGAAUGUGGCUUCUUCGGCACAACAACCCGUGGAGCAGAUGACUGGAGCAGCAUCAAAACCACAAAACGGCAGUGUCGGUGAGAUGGAACGGCUAAACCGUGAGCUGGCAUCCUGCCGGGAGUGCUUCGAGCAGGAGAAAGCGAAAUGGGCUGAGGAAAAGGAAAAGGUCCUCAUCUAUCAGCGGCAGCUUCAGAAGAACUACGUCGACAUGUGCAAACGAACGCAGCAGCUGGAGGAGCAGCUCAAGACAAUGCAGCUAAAGCCGUGCGCUUUGUCAGCAAAUGAUCAUCGUGACUAAGGCGGUUGUGUUGCGCUACAGUACGCCCCGUUUUCUUUUUUAGAGUUAGGCUCUUAGAUAAAUGUGAUGGUGUGUGUGUGUGUGUGUUGUGCACUUUGCUUACCGAAAUACCUGUCCACAUCUCACACACUCUGUGCGCUAGAAAAAGAAUGUCCGUCGUGGCAGGGACGUCCCCUCAAUCGUUAAAGCUAGUUUCAAUUGUACACCUGCCCGAGCAGUGCAGCUGAUAGCUAUUAUAUUAAGCAUUUGGCGAGCAAUUUUCUUGAAAUGCUACGCGGAUUAAUAACGAAAAUAAUAAUUCUCUGUUGAGUCAA